GAUGGCAUUAGUUUUUGAGUUAAAUAUUUUUAAAGAAAAUUGGUUUCAUGUGGACUUUUGCGUUGUUUUUCUUCUCGCCAAGCUGUGGAGUAAUGUUUGAAGUGCCAUAACUCCUUUACACACACUAAGAAGACAUAUGAGACUGAACGUUUCCUGUUUUAGUUUUGCUGAUAUCUUGAAAGAAAUCUGUUUGAGGUGCGCCUCAAAACACAUCCACAGGUGUGCCUCCAGUUAGCUCAAAUUUUGUCAAUUAACCUAUGAAAAGCUUUCAAAGCCAUGACAUCAUCAUGGGGCCUUCCCAGAUAGUUUGAAGGCAAAUUAAUCUCAGUGUCUGUCAGCUAAAAAAAUCUCUGUCAUUAUUCUAGCAUUUAGCAAACAGAAAUAAUUUUGGUAAUCCAAACUGACCUAAAACAGGAAAAGCGGUUUUACCUGUCGAUAUGGCUUUCAAUGGUACAACACUGCUUGGGUGGGUGGGUGGAUGGAUGGAUGACCAGAUAUAUAAUGGUGCAAAAUUUGGUCAAAAACCUUCAACCUUUCUGUCUUCUCCAGUAUUCCACCAUCCAUAACUUGUUUAGCCGCAUGUCGUCGUUUCGCCGCUGGUUGUCUAUGUGGUGUCCAUCAAACGACGUGGGCUUUAAAGAUAAUUGGAGCUCUUUUUGGGGAAAACCUGGUCUAAUUAGGAGAGACAGCAUCCAUCCCACUUUGGCUGGUGCAGCUCUCAUUUCUAGGAAUAUGGCUGAUUUUAUUAGUACUCCUAAAGCAUGACAACCCAGAGUUAAGACCAGGAUGCAGAGCUGGAGUUUUACACACCUCUCUGAAGUUUCCUCACAGCUGUCACCCUCCAGUAAUUCAGUUAACUUUAUUGAGACUGUGUCUGUCCCCCGACCACCAAAAUUCAAUAAAUUAAACAAAUCAAAAAUAUACAAAAGAAAUAGUAACCAUAAAAAUGUAUUAAAAAUUAAUACCUCUAUUUCAACAGAGCAAAGAAACAGGAUAAUUAAAUGUGGUCUGUUAAAUAUUAGAUCUCUCUCGUCUAAAUCUCUGUUAGUAAAUGAGUUGAUAACUGAUCACCAGAUUGAUUUGUUCUGUUUGACUGAAACCUGGUUGCAGCAGGAAGAAUUUGUUAGCCUAAACGAAUCAACUCCCCCUAGUCAUAUUAACUGUCAUAUUCCUCGAAUCACAGGCCGAGGAGGAGGAGUAGCAGCAAUCUACCAUUCUAGCUUAAAAUUGAACCAGAGGCCUAAACCUGAUUACAGCUCAUUUGAAAAUCUCACUCUUAGUCUCUCUCAUCCAAAUUUGAAAGCUCAGAAACCAGUUUUAUUUGUUGUUAUAUAUCGUCCUCCUGCUCCUUAUUCUGAGUUUUUAUCUCAAUUCUCAGACUUUUUAUCUGAAUUAGUGCUCAGUUCAGACAAAGUUAUUAUUGUGGGUGACUUUAACAUUCAUGUUGACAUAGACAGCGACAGCCUUACAACAGCUUUUAAUUCAUUAUUAGACUCAAUUGGGUUUUCUCAACAUGUAAAUAAACCAACUCAUAGUUUUAAUCACACUCUUGACCUUGUCCUGACUUAUGGCAUAAAAAUUGAAGAGUUAACAGUAUUUCCCCAGAACCCUCUUCUUUCUGACCAUUUUAUGAUAACAUUUCAAUUUAAAGUAAAGGAUUGUUUAGCAGCUGAGAACAAAUAUCAUUACAGUAGGUGUUUCUCUGACAAUUCAGUAACUAAAUUUAAGGAAAUACUACCCUCUCUGUUUACUUCAGCAACAUUUACUGAUAAAUCAGAAGGCAAAUAUUAUAAUUUUACCCCCACAGAAGUGGAUUAUUAUGUUAAUAAUGCUUCAGCCUCACUGCGUACAACUCUUGAUAGUGUUGCACCUGUAAAAAAGAAAGUUAUAUCUCAGAGAAGACUUGCUCCUUGGUAUAAUUCCCAGCUGCGGAUUUUAAAGCAGGCAUCCCGAAAGCUGGAAAGAAAGUGGUAUUCCACUAAUUCAGAGGAAGUGUAUCUGGCUUGGAAAAAUAGUCUAGUAAUCUAUAAAAAAGCUCUUCGUAAUGCCAGGACAACUUAUUAUUCAUCUUUAAUAGAGGAGAACAAGAAUAACCUUAGGUUUCUCUUUAGCACUGUAGCCAGGCUGACAAAGAGUCAGAGCUCUGUUGAACCUUGUAUUCCUUUAGCUUUAACCAGUCCCUUCCUUUCCUUUCCCCAGUCCUGUCCCGUCCCUUCCUUUCCUUUCCUCAGUCCUGUCCCGUCCCUUCCUUUCCUUUCCCCAGUCCUGUCCCGUCCCUUCCUUUCCUUUCCCCAGUUCUGUCCCGUCCCUUCCUUUCCUUUCCCCAGUCCUGUCCCGUCCCUUCCUUUCCUUUCCCCAGUCCUGUCCCGUCCCUUCCUUUCCUUUCCCCAGUCCUGUCCCUUCCUUUCCUUUCCCCAGUCCUGUCCCUUCCUUUCCUUUCCCCAGUCCUGUCCCUUCCUUUCCUUUCCCCAGUCCUGUCCCUUCCUUUCCUUUCCCCAGUCCUGUCCCGUCCCUUCCUUUCCUUUCCCCAGUCCUGUCCCGUCCCUUCCUUUCCUUUCCCCAGUCCUGUCCCGUCCCUUCCUUUCCUUUCCCCAGUCCUGUCCCGUCCCUUCCUUUCCUUUCCCCAGUCCUGUCCUGUCCCUUCCUUUCCUUUCCCCAGUCCUGUCCUGUCCCUUCCUUUCCCGUCCCUUCCUUUCCUUUCCCCAGUCCUGUCCCGUCCCUUCCUUUCCUUUCCCCAGUCCUGUCCCGUCCCUUCCUUUCCUUUCCCCAGUCCUGUCCCUUCCUUUCCUUUCCCCAGUCCUGUCCCUUCCUUUCCUUUCCCCAGUCCUGUCCCUUCCUUUCCUUUCCCCAGUCCUGUCCCGUCCCUUCCUUUCCUUUCCCCAGUCCUGUCCCGUCCCUUCCUUUCCUUUCCCCAGUCCUGUCCCGUCCCUUCCUUUCCUUUCCCCAGUCCUGUCCCGUCCCUUCCUUUCCUUUCCCCAGUCCUGUCCCGUCCCUUCCUUUCCUUUCCCCAGUCCUGUCCCGUCCCUUCCUUUCCUUUCCCCAGUCCUGUCCUGUCCCUUCCUUUCCUUUCCCCAGUCCUGUCCUGUCCCUUCCUUUCCCGUCCCUUCCUUUCCUUUCCCCAGUCCUGUCCUGUCCCUUCCUUUCCUUUCCCGUCUCUUCCUUUCCUUUCCCCAGUCCUGUCCCGUCCCUUCCUUUCCUUUCCCGUCCCUUCCUUUCCUUUCCCCAGUCCUGUCCCGUCCCUUCCUUUCCUUUCCCGUCCCUUCCUUUCCUUUCCCCAGUCCUGUCCUGUCCCUUCCUUUCCUGUCCUGUCCCUUCCUUUCCUUUCCCCUGUCCUGUCCCUUCCUUUCCCCAGUCCUGUCCUGUCCCUUCCUUUCCUUUUCCCUGUCCUGUCCCUUCCUUUCCCGUACCUUCCUUUCCUUUCCCCAGUCCUGUCCUGUCCCUUCCUUUCCCGUCCCUUCCUUUCCUUUCCCCAGUCCUGUCCUGUCCCUUCCUUUCCUUUCCCCAGUCCUGUCCUGUCCCUUCCUUUCCUUUCCCGUCCUGUCCCUUCCUUUCCUUUCCCGUCCUGUCCCUUCCUUUCCUUUCCUUUCCCGUCCCGUCCCUUCCUUUCCUUUCCCGUCCCUUCCUUUCCUUUCCCGUCCCUUCCUUUCCCGUCCUGUCCCUUCCUUUCCUUUCCCGUCCUGUCCCUUCCUUUCCUUUCCCGUCCUGUCCCUUCCUUUCCUUUCCCGUCCUGUCCCUUCCUUUCCUUUCCUGUCCCUUCCUUUCCUUUCCCGUCCUGUCCCUUCCUUUCCUUUCCCGUCCUGUCCCUUCCUUUCCUUUCCUGUCCCUUCCUUUCCUUUCCCGUCCUGUCCCUUCCUUUCCUUUCCCGUCUUGUCCCUUCCUUUCCUUUCCCGUCCUGUCCCUUCCUUUCCUUUCCCGUCCCUUCCUUUCCUUUCCCGUCCUGUCCCUUCCUUUCCUUUCCCGUCCUGUCCCUUCCUUUCCUUUCCUUUCCCGUCCCGUCCCUUCCUUUCCUUUCCCGUCCCUUCCUUUCCUUUCCCGUCCCUUCCUUUCCCGUCCCUUCCUUUCCCGUCCCGUCCCUUCCUUUCCUUUCCCGUCCCUUCCUUUCCUUUCCCCAGUCCUGUCCCGUCCCUUCCUUUCCUUUUCCCUGUCCUGUCCUGUCCUGUCCAGGUCAGUCCUUUCCUGCCCUCAGCUCCGCUCGGUUCAGUCCCUCUCCCAUUUCCCUCCCUCCCGUCCCUCCUGUCGUUUCGGUCCCUCCCGUCCCUCCUCUCUGUUCCCCUUGUUUUCUGCCCUUCCUGUCCUUUUGGUCCCUUCUGUUCCGUCUGGUCCCCGUGUCUGUAUGCGUGUCUCUGUCUGCUCCUUGGUUGCCCCAGUAGGUUUGGUUGGGCCCAUGGGGGCGCCGGGAGGCGCCCGUUGAGGGGGGGGGGGGUACUGUCACAGUUCCGCUCCUCUGUCCUGUCGGUCUGGUUGUCUGCCAUCCGCUUCUCGACCCUGUCUCUCCUCCCACAGCUCGGUGCCUGAGUGGAGUCUAGCUUCUCAGCUGACUCCACUCAGGCAAUCAACUACCUCCACGGCUCCCGGACAGCUGACUAUCAUCUCACUAACGACUCACCUCUACAAUAAGUACCGGCUCAGCCUUCCACUCCCUGCCAGAGUGUUGAACCAAAACCACGUACCAGCUGUCCGGGAUCCCCGCUGUCAUCCUUCCCCUCCGGCUCUCCCCCAGCCAGUUAUCACCGGUUCCUCCUUGCCUGGAACCCCCCACUCCUGCCUGGAACCCCCUGCUCAUGCACUCUGGUUUCUCCAUCCUGGCCAUAAUCCACCCCAUACAAUAAAGCAUUCUAAAUCAUCCUCUGGUCGAGGAAGCGUGGCUCUCUGCUCGGGUCCAACCAGCUCUGUUGCGUGACACUGACACCGAAUCAAACCA